GUGAAAAUCAACGUCAAAAAAGAGGACAAGGGCAAAGACGAGGAGAGAGAUGCGAAAGACGGAACGUGGGAUCGGGUACUCACGUUUUACUUUUUUUAUGCUAGUUUUUACUUCUCCUCGCAAACGCGUUCGUCAUCGCAGGACACUGCUUAGUAAUCGUAACACAGCUGCACAUGACUAAUUCAAAAUCCAUGGUUUUUUUCUCCAGUAACUAAAACUCCCUCAGGUCUCCAUUAGGCCUUGAAUACCUCCAUACCUUCAUACCAUCCAGACCCACGUCACAAAACUCACAACGAACCACAGGAAUAUCACACCGCUGAAGUCACUACGAAAGUAAAGAAAGACGAUGCAGACGAAGAGAUGGAGGUUACGGAGACUCAGAGAGUUGAAUUUUCGCGUUCCCAUAUGAUGGUGAUGCGUCAAAUGAAACUACUACAACUUUGGGGCCCUCUUGCGUGUGACGUUAUCCUACCCUGGACGCGAAAUGCCGAUUUGAAAUUAAGGCAUGACCAUGGUCAUUAGUAGAGGUAGACAGAAAAUUCUUCGCGAUCAACAUCAAGUUGAUGUGUGUGUCUUUAACUUUCUAUGCUGCGGGGUUUAGACAAUCUUCAACACAAGACAGUAGAUAAUCUUGAUAUAGUGUUUGUCUAUCGAGAACCUGAUAAUCUUUCGGGAACCUAAUAUAGUGUUUGUCUAUGUGGCACACUUCUGUCUGGCUACAACGACCACGCAAGAUCUGCCACAUAUUUCAGCAUUAUUUUUCUAGUUUUGAUUUUGAAAACAACAGGAAAGCAAGAGUCUCUAAUACCCGUCAAGGACAUUUUCGCUGGUAACGCGGUAGCUGUUCCUAGAGCAGGCGGAAGAGAGGCUGUGUGGGCAACACAAGUGAAGCAGUGGGCCAAGCAAAAGCGCGACAAUCCGAAAGAUACCUCUGCGGCUUUGAAUUUGGAAGCUUACGGUAAAAACGUGCACAAUGACGAAAUCAAGGAUGGCUAUUUGCACAAACCGGCUAAUUAUGGCACAGAAAAUGCACGUAGAUAAAGAUUGAUAGUGAUUGAACGAUCUAAAUUAUGUUUUUUGAACAGACCUUAGAUGAUGUGCAGAAGCUGUACCAGUAUGUUGAUUCUGGUGGGAGUGUCAGCAACAUCUUCUUCGACCUAGGGUUACUAACCUUCGUCUGAAAAUGUAAAUGACUCAAGUAAAAAUCCUCUUCCCUGGUUGUACACAAGAUGAACUGGAAGCACUUACAACAAAUUAUAACAAAUUGAACAUUUGAAAGACAACUGUUAGCAUCCUGGCCCCCGGCCCUGAAUUGUUAUCAGGAUUAGUCUCUACGGGCACUACGGACAGUGUCAUCAGGGGCAUAUACAUGACAAAGACAACUACUGGGGUGACUUUUUAGCCAUAGCUGGAUUCUAACUCCUCAAGGAGAACGUUUUCCUGCGAGCUUCUUUAGAGUCCCUGUGCAGCUGGAGUGGGGAAUACGGUCAACUACGGCUAAUGCGGUUUCGUUUUCUGCUUUUUAGCAUCGUCGGCUUGUCUUCGGAAGUUGUUGACUUAAUUUUUCAGACUCGCUCUACAGAAGCGUUGAUGGACCUGGCCUUGAAACACGAUAUUUCGCAUGAGAAGGGACUCUCCGACUUCAUCAACGCAUACGCACCGAAGAAAGAACAAAAAAAUUAUGGAAAAAUACUGCUCUUGGGGUGGAGAAGCUAUAGACUAGAAAUAGUAGGAAGGUUUCUAACUGCUUCCUGUUACUCUAGGAAUGAUCAACGAUAAGGACUCUACUUCAUCUAGUACGUACGAAGGCAUACUAGUCGUACUAGAAAAAAGAAUAAUACAAAGCUGUGACUAAGACUAGUGAACAAACUGUUACCGCCCUACUGUCUUUAGAUGUCUACAGUUUGUAGCAUGAGCGAGUCUUCUUCCUCCUCUAAGCUGGUGGUGACGGAGCUGAUCAUGAUGGGAGUGAUCGCGACAACAGCGAAAUGCCGGAAGUAGAAAACGAGACAUGGCAGAAGAUUCGACCUGUGAUACAACAGUGGGAGAAUAUUUUUGCAAAUGUUAUGGUGUUGACGUCUUUUUUUUAGUUGAGUAGGGACAUAGAGUUACAACAAGUGGAAUGUCGUGGGAUCCGUCGUCGUAGGAGGUUAAUCAGAAUACUAUUCCUGCUGACUCGGUUGUGCACCUAGAGGAGGCUGCUAUUACGAGUACAAAACGAAAAGAGCCUCUUCCUAUUCAGUCAUCUCCUGCUUAUAAAAUCGUGUCUCUUCUCCGAACGCGAAGCACGUCUCCUGGGUACAACCUUCCAUCAUUUAUUUUAUCUAGAAGCUGUACCAAGGAUCUAUCCUUCUCUAAGACCCUGAUCAAAGAGCGGUUUUUGAAGCCUAAGGAGAUCGAGUUCGAGUUCUGGCAUCCCGUGAUGCUCCAGGACGUUUUUGAUGAGGAUUAUCGUGAAUUAGAGGGCGCUGACUUUGGGAAAGGCCAGAUCCAUAUCGAACUCUGGAAUUACAUGCUGCAAAACGCGGUCACGGG